ACCUAUGCAAAUCAUUGGCGAAUGUGAACACAUGAGGGAGAGAGAGGGUAUGCAUACACACUACACACAGAAUACAGAUCCAUUCCAAUACUUGCCUCUUUACCUGCUCUUGUUGUUCUGCUACAUUUUGGCGCAUUUUAGCAUCUAACCACCAAACCCUAAAAAAGCAUUAUCAUUCUACUUUCUUUCCCUCUUUGCUUUUCUUCUUAAGCAUUUUCUUUUUUAUACUGUUCCAAGCUUCAACAAUAAUUAUCAUGGCAAUCAUUUUCUCCCCCUGAGAACUUUUUCUUACUCCAAAACACCCCUCUUUACAGAUCCUGUAAUUUCUCUUUUCAGAGUUUUCUUUCUUUCUUUGUAGCUGCCAAACACUUAGUUAUUUUGUUGAAGAGAGAGAGAAAGAGUAGGGAACCAAAGGUUUCAGCUUUAGAUCUGGGUGAGCUUAGGUUGUUUGAAGCAAUGGAGACACCCCAUGUCUCUUGGUCUUUGACUUGAGAUGGAAGUUUCAUGCUUUCUUCUUUGACCCUUCUUCCUCUGAUUCUUGGGUCACACUUUGUUUGUUGAACUUUGAAGCAACGCUACUACCUUGCUGUAUAGAGUGUAAAAGGGGCUCAUAUUUUGUGAACAAUGCUGGCCAUUGGGAGUUCUGCGACCAGUAUCCGUACAAGUACUACUUGCACUGCUUUGCUCAGAGAACUUGAGGUCCUUCUUUGUUCAGACUACAACUCUUGUUUGGUGUUUCAAAUUUCUUUGGUUUGGAAUUUGUUGCAAAUAUGGAACGAUAUUGGGGAGAGCGAGGUGGAAAAAGAUCGCAUGUUGAUGGAACUGGAGAGGGAAUGCUUAGAGGUUUACAGGAGAAAGGUUGAUGAGGCUGCUAACACCAAAGCACGCUUUCAUCAAACUGUUGCAGCCAAGGAAGCAGAGCUUGCAACACUAACAGCUGCACUUGGCGAACAUGAUAUUCAUUCACCGAUUAAGACAGAGAAGAGAUGUGCAUCCCUGAAGGAGAAACUUGCAUCCAUCACACCUUUGGUUGAAGAAUUGAAGAAGAAAAAAGAUGAAAGGUUGAAGCAAUUUGUGGAUGUAAAGUCUCAAAUAGACAAGAUAAGUGGAGAGAUUUAUGGAUUCUACAGUGUCAAUAAUGCUAUGAGCAGCAUAACAGUUGAGGAUGAACAGGACUUGUCACUUAGAAGACUUAAUGAGUAUCAAACGCACCUACGUACUCUUCAAAAGGAAAAGUCUGACCGCCUUCAAAAGAUCUUGCAAUGUGUGAACGAGGUGCAUUCUCUCUGUAGUGUGCUUGGGUUGGAUUUUGGCCAGACUGUGGGUGAUGUGCAUCCAAGUUUGCAUGGGAUUCAGGUGGAACAAUCAACUAAUAUUAGCACUAGCACAUUGGAAGGUCUAGAGCAGACUAUUCUCAAGUUAAAAAUAGAAAGGAAAGCUAGAAUCCAGAAGCUGAAGGAUGUUGUAGCUAAACUAUUUGAACUUUGGAAUUUGAUGGACUCGUCAAAAGAAGAGAGAAACUGUUUUCUGAGGAUUACUUCUGUUGUUGGAACCUCUGAAUCAGAAAUCACUGAACGAGGUGUUCUUUCAACAGAGAUGAUAGAGAAGGCUUCAGCAGAGGUGGAAAGGCUUGCCAAACUAAAAGCAAGCAGAAUGAAGGAACUUGUUUUUAAGAAGAGGUCAGAGCUAGAGGAAAUAUGUAGAUUGGCUCAUAUUGAACCAGAUACAAGUACUGCUGCCGAGAAAGCUAGUGCAUUAAUAGAUUCUGGCCUGGUUGAUCCUUCUGAACUAUUGGCCAACAUUGAAGCACAGAUAAUUAAGGCAAAAGGUGAAGCAUUGAGCAGAAAAGAAGUGACAGAUAGAAUUGACAAGUGGCUUUCUGCAUGUGAAGAGGAGAAUUGGCUUGAUGAAUAUAAUCAAGAUGACAACCGGUACAGUGCUGGACGAGGUGCUCACAUUAAUCUUAAACGUGCUGAACGUGCUAGAAUAACUGUAAGCAAAAUUCCAGCUAUGGUUGACAAUCUUAUAAACAAAACGCUAGCCUGGGAAGAUGAGAAGAAGAGUCAUUUUCUAUACGAUGGGGUACGUUUGGUAUCAAUAUUGGAGGAUUAUAAACUGGCCAGACAACAGAAAGAAGAAGAGAAGAGACGACACCGGGAUCAAAAGAAGCUGCAAGAUCUACUCCUGAAUCAAAAGGAAGCCAUGUAUGGCUCUAAACCUAGUCCAAGAAAAAGUAACAGCUUUAGAAAGACAAAUGGGUAUCGUACAAAUGGCACUGGAUCAGUUCCUCCUACACCUCGUCGUAAUUCUGUAAGUGGGGGAACAUCUGAACUACUGACACCACGGUCAUACUCUGGUCGUCAAAAUGGAUAUUUUAAGGAAAUGAGAAGAUUAUCUACAGCACCUCUGAACUUUGUAGCUAUAUCUAAGGAAGAUACAAUGUCAUAUGCUUCCCUUUGUGGUUCAGAGCCUGAUUCCCCUCCCCAAGGUUAAAUUAAAAUUAAAAAAAUGGAAUAGACUAAAGAUUUUAUCUGGCAGUGCCUGUAAACAUUAUUAAAAUUAGCGCAAACCUUGUGAAUACGAGAUGGAUUGUACACUAGUAUUUGCUUGUAAUAAGCUGAGAUAUACGUGGACAAUAUAUUGAUAGCUGACAAUUGAGGAUACGAAUUAGGGUGUUUAUGCUUUGAAGAACAUCAGCUUUGGGAAGAGUGUUGAUACUGGUAGGGACAGUUCAGGACUCCUUUGUAGAGAUCAUACAGUGUUUGACCAUGAUGUAUGUUGUGGGUUUUGUUUGUGUUCCAUGUGUAUAUAUAUGUUUUCAGUGUGAUGGUCAUCAUUUCAUGUAGUAACAAAGAUUAUUUUGAUUCAUAACUGUAGGAACAUUCAUGCUAUAUACCCUCAUGCCCAUUUUUAUUUGUUGUGUCUGAUAUUAUCUCAAAUGUUAUGUUACUCAAAGCAAGCGCACUUCAUCUUCAUGAGUGAACUUGUAUGAAUGUUACAUGUGGAUGUUUGUGUUUGUGGUUGGUACUAUCGCAUGAUUAAAGAUGGUUGGUAUGUGAAGACAAGACUUGGCCUCUCAGUUGCGUAGUCUUGUUGACUUUUCGGCCUUGUGUUGUACCUUGUGUCUGG